AUGAAAUCAUCAAAUUAUGAAACAAUAGAAUUGUAAGGUAAUCCUGCUUCAAGGGUCAAUGAGGAUGAUGCAUUUCAAUAGCAUGGAAGACUAUCAUGCUUGUUUGAAACUUCUCCAAAAGUGAAAAUGAGUUAGAGAAAAAAGUCAAAAAUUAUUGGAAGUUCAAAAAAUAAUGCUUUUGAAGAUAGCAGAGUUACAAGACUUUAUUUUGAAAGAUAUAGAGUGCUAGAAUUAGGCAGAAUGUGGACAAUUUGUGCCAGUAUUGUUCUAAUGGUUCUUGAAUAUGAGGUUUCAUUCGCGUAUUAGUUAACGGAUACAUAUGAAGAAGAAAUCAAAACUCUGUUAUAUCUGAUUCUAGUCCUAACCAUUAUUUCCAUUAUCAUGACAUUUAUGGCAUAUUUAGCAGAACUCGAAUUCAAGAAACGAUCUCUUACAGUCCCCAAAGCCUCCAAUAUAUUUCAAACAAAUCUCAUUUUUCUUGUGUUAAUCGAAACCGUCAUUUUGCUUCCUUGUCCAACCCCAUAUACGAUUGGAUACAAGGUUUCAUUCCUACAACGAUAUUCUGAUUAAUCAAGAUUCUACUUCGUAAAUGAGAUACUCACCUUUGUUAUGCUUUUUCGAUCACUGCUGGUUUUGAAUAUAGCCUUUAAGUUCUAAUCGUUUUAUUCCAAUAGAGUAAAUAGAUUAUGUGGCAUAUACUCAGUUGAAUUCGGUCCUCAUUUCAUUUUCAAAGUCGCAAUUCGGUAGAAUCCAUAUUCAACGCUUUGCGGUCUCUUUUGCAUUGGAAUUUUCUUGUUUUCGUACCAAUUAGAAAUUUCAGAAAGAGCAUUGUUAAGAACAACAACAGAAAUCGAUCACUAUAACAUAAACAAUUCUUUGUGGGUUUGCAUGAUCACAAUAUUCACAGUGGGUUAUGGAGAUCUAUAUCCAACUACUGAACUUGGAAGACUUUCUAUGACCUUAGGCUUAUUUUAUGGAGUUGCCUUGACAUCACUUUUUACAGCCAUUUUGUAUGCUGAUUUGCAACCAUUUGUUUCAGAAUUAAGAUCAAUUACACUAUUAGAUAAGGCUUGUAUCAAAACGGAAAUUAGAUAAGUGGCUGAAAGAAUUCUCUUAAAUUUUUAUAAAUUAAAUUCGUAUUUGAAAAAGUACAAAUUAAAAAUUAAUGUUAAUGAUCCUGCCACUUUGAACAGAAUUAGUUCAAUCUAAAAUUAUUUACAAGAGGGAUAACAACUCAAAAGGUAUGAGCAAUUAAAUUAAAAUAGAAAUUAUCGAUCCAUCGACACUGAAGAUUUUAUAGCCAUGGCUGAUAGAUAUUUUAAAGACAUGAAUGAUAGGAUUCAGGAUUUCAGACGAAUGCUCAAAUAGAUGAAAAAUCAAUAGUUGACCAUCAAUGAUAGAGACACUCCAUAGGUGAGAUCCGUAUAAAAGAAUUGCCACACAGUCACUGCUGCUAGUUAUGAUGUCAAAAGCAAAGAUGAUCAUUAUUUUGACCAAUUAAUUGACUCUCAAUCUGAGCAUUCAGAGCUUAUGCAGUUUAACGAUGAUGAGUGA